AUGCCCCCCAGCGACGUGACAUCCCUGCUGCACCUCAAGGCCGGCGCCACGAAGGAGGCCGACAUGAUCGCCAUCGGGCUGCAGGAGGUCAACUCCAAGUUGAACAAGCGCCUCAAGGAUGCCCUCUUCACCGACCAGUGGAGCGAGCUCUUCAUGGACGUCUUGAGCCCCUUCUCCUUUGUCCUGGUGAGCACAGUGCGCAUGCAGGGCUUGUUCCUGCUCCUGUUCGCCAAGUACCAGCACCUGCCCUUCCUGCGGGACAUCCAGACGGACUGCACCAGGACGGGGCUUGGCGGCUGCUGGGGCAACAAGGGCGGCGUGAGCGUGCGGCUCUCCGUCUUCGGCCACAUGGUCUGCUUCCUCAACUGCCACCUGCCCGCACACCUGGAGAAGGCCGAGCAGCGCAAGCAGGACUUCGCCACCAUCCUGCACAUGCAGCAGUUCGAGGGGCGCGCGGCCAACGGCAUCCUGGACCACGACCUCGUGUUCUGGUUCGGGGACCUCAACUUUCGCAUCGAGAGCCUCGACAUCCGCUUUGUCAAGUACGCCAUCGACAGCAACAUCCUGAGCCAGCUCUGGGAGAAGGACCAGCUGAACAUUGCCAAGAGCACCUGGCCCGUCCUGAGCGGCUUCCAGGAGGGACCCCUGAACUUCCCCCCCACAUUCAAGUUUGACGUGGGCACCAACAAGUACGACAGCAGCGUCAAGAAGCGCAAGCCAGCCUGGACGGACCGUAUCCUCUGGAAGAUCAAGGCCCCAGGCGCCGGGUGCCCGCCGGGCCGGGGCAGCCUGGCCCUGAGCCAGCUCUGCUACUGCAGCCACAUGGAGUACACUGUGAGCGACCACAAGCCCGUGGCCGCCGUCUUCGCCGUGCAGUUUGCUUCCAAGGCGGACAGCCCCGCUGUGGAGAUCUGUGUGGCUGAGGAGUGGAGCCGGCCCGAGCAGGCGGUGGUCAGGUACAGGAUGGCCACCGGCUUCCACCGCAGCUCCUGGGACUGGAUCGGCCUCUACCAGGUGGGUUUUCGGCAUCCCAAAGACUACGUGUCCUAUGUGUGGGCCAGGAGCGAGGAAGACGACUGCAGUGUGGAGAAGCAGGCGUGGGCGCAGGGCCGCCGCGGCCUCGUCCCCCACCUCCCCGCCAUCCCCCUGCCCAAGCAGGAGCCCGGCACCCGCGGCGCCAGGGCCAAGGACGUGGCGCUGGCGGCGGAGGGCCGGAAUGGCGGCGCCAGCUAUGUGACGCCGUGGGAGCAGUGCGGCCUCUGGCAUGUCGCUGGGGACACCUUCCUGGCCAGGGCUGACCCUAGGACCCUGGGCCUGCUGCCUGCUCUGCGCUUGGAGCCACUGGACCCCGCUGCGGGCCUGCGCAGGGAGAGCGUGGACCAAGGCCCCCCGUACAGGAAGACGAGCCCCAGCAGCCCCCUCGGGGACCCCGCGGGCACCUCUCCGAGGGACGAGGAGCUGGCGCCGGGGGAUGGGGCUUGA